UGUUUUCCGGCUUCUCUAUUGCGGAGCGCAGUUUAUCUAUGCAGCUUGGAUCAAAUGUCACCUAAACAGAGGAAGCCGCGCGCUCGUCGCUCUCUAGUCCCACAUUUUCUCCGAUUGGAUGUUUUCUGCGAAUCAAUUUUAUCUUAGCCCGAUUAACGACUCAGAUAUUGCAAAAUUCCCGAUUUCGAGCGAUCGAUCGCAGCGGGUAAAAUCUUUUGCUCUUUAUUGCGCCUCGAUUUCGCUUUUGCACGUGAUAGUCCGACCCACUGCCCCUCCUCUGAGGACACCAUCCAGAAGCUGAAAGACGAGCCUUUUGGUCUUUGGCCAGUUGGUCACGUCUACCACAAGGGUAAACACGUCCGAUAUCAUGAGUGGCUGCCCCGUAACUAAUGGAUUUGGAAACCACGAUGGAUCCGCCCCGACACCGCUGUCCGAGUCAGUCACCGGGGGAGGAAUGCUCUACGGGAAAUAUCUGCAACUGGAAAAAAUCGUGAGCGCGCAGCGUUUGCUGAGCGAUGAAGCCGGUCGAUUGGUGCACGACGAGCAUCUUUUCAUCGUCACCCAUCAAGCAUACGAACUGUGGUUCAAGCAAAUCAUUUUCGAGUUGGACUCGAUUCGCGCCCUUUUCAACAACGAGGAUCUUGCAGAAACCCAAACUUUGGAAUUGCUGAAGAGGCUCAACAGGAUUGUUCUCAUUUUAAAGCUCCUGGUCGACCAAGUAAUGAUCUUAGAAACCAUGACGCCCCUGGACUUCAUGGAUUUUCGAAGUUUCUUGUCCCCUGCCUCUGGUUUCCAGAGUCUCCAGUUCCGGCUGAUUGAGAACAAGCUCGGUAUCAAGCCGGGCAACCGCGUGAAAUACAACAAGAGUUACUCCAGCGUGUUUGGAGACGACCCUGAGGCGCUGGCGUCAUUGAUUCGCUCCGAGUCGGAACCGACCCUGGCGGAGUUGGUGGAAAAAUGGCUGGCAAGGACGCCUGGACUCGAAAAGGAAGGGUUCGAUUUUUGGGGAAAGUUCCAACAAGUCGUGGAUGACAUGCUGCAAGAGCAAAAGGAAAAGGCGGACGCUUACAAGGAGAGCACUGCAAAAACGUUCGCACUGAACAAUUACGCCAAGCGGAAAGCCAUUUAUGACUCUAUUUUCGACCUGUCAGUUCACGACGCCCUCAUCAAGCGCGGAGAGAGACGUUUUUCGCAUAAGGCUCUGCAGGGUUCAAUCAUGAUCACUUUCUACAGGGACGAGCCAAGAUUUUCCCAGCCUCACCAACUGCUCAUGCUCCUCAUGGACAUCGACUCGCUUAUCACCAAAUGGAGAUACAACCACGUGAUGAUGGUGCAGCGAAUGAUUGGCUCACAAAACAUGGGGACCGGAGGCUCCUCUGGCUAUCAAUACUUACGAGCUACUUUGGGGGACCAAUACAAGGUAUUCUUGGACCUGUUCAACCUGUCGACUUUCUUGAUACCCCGCGACAAAAUCCCACCCUUGACACCUGCAAUGAAGACCAAGUUGAGAGGAAGACGCGGCGUGGAGGAAGAAACGGAGAACGGAAAUUGAUCGUUAUUGUCUUUUUGAUUACUUAAACUGUACCAUUUAAUUUUUGUCACGGUUGCUAGGGCUUUGAACAAAGUAGAAUGAUUAUUAGAAAAACAUUUUUUAUUUUAGAGGUAACAAAUUUUUUGUAACGUGUUUGUGAAAAUAAAUCUAACAUAUAGCAUUACAAGAUCAA